AUGACUUUAGCUGGCCCAAAUAAAAAAGGCCUAACUUUAGGUACCCAUCUCAUUUCGGCCAUUGGCCCACGUCAGAGUAACCGAACCUUUACCUAUCGUCACAAGGAAGCCCGAAGCCCAUGCCAUACCCAGGCCCAAUCCAGUACCCGCCCACCGCUUCACCGGCGAGCCCAACCCUGAGCCCGCCGCCCGUAGAACGCCGACGCGACGCCACGCAGCGCGGUACGGCAGCAGCCAUGGAGCCCGCGGCAAUGGACCGCAUCGCCACCCGCCUCUCCGCCGUCGAGGGCCUUUACUUCCCGUCCUCCUUUCUCGGCCCGUCCCCCACCGGCACGGGGGCCGCACCCCCACCCCCUCCCUCCCCGCCGCGGCGGAGGGCGGAGCUCCGCUCCCUCCUCGCCCGCGACGCGCCGCUCUUCCUGGAGCGGUACGGCGCGGCGCUGUCCGCCGACGAGCUCGCCGCCUUCGACGCGCUCAGCCCGGACUACGAGGUCGACUGGCACCUCCGCCGCCUGCGCGCCGCCGCCGCGGGGGCUCCCCCGCCCGCGUCGCGGGUGCGGAACCGGCGCCGCGCGUUCCUCGACCGCCUCGUCCGCGAGGGGGAGUACUUCUCCGAGGACGCCAUGAGGGAGCGGGAACCCUACUUGCACCACGAAUACCUCGGGAGGUUCCAGGACCCGCUCGGCAGAGCCAUGGCGCGGCCCGGGGAGAGGUGGUCUGAAACGCUCAUGCGCCGCGCGGAGGAGGCGGUCAUCGUGGAGAAGAUUCGCGGGGAGCAGAUUAGGAGAGGGGUCGAUCCCAGCGAGUGGGUGGGUGGUGGCGCUGAGGAGACCAUGGAGGAGCAGGAAGAAGAGGAGGAGGAGGAGGAGGAAGAAGAAGAGGAAGAAGAGGACGAGGAAGACGGGAUGAAGGAAAAGGGGACAGAGGUCGAGAAGCCUAUUGCGACUGAGGUGGUUGCAAAUGAGGCUAUGCCAGUGGAGUCCAACAAUGGGGGAGACUCUGCUGCAACGACUUCCAACCAGACGUUAUCUUUUGAAGAAAUGCAGGAUCAGUUGGAGCAGUUCACAUAUGUGAUGCAGCAAAAGUUCCUGUCCGGGGAAGACACUGAGCAUAUGGACUAUUCUCAGAUUGAUAAUGAUGAGAUGCUUGAUGAUCAUUGGUCCAGAGAAGCCAACUAUGAUGCAGAGGAAAAGUAUUUCGAAGAAGAUUAGUUAGUAAUAGGCUGCUGUUUUGGUACCUGAGAAGCAAUGAAUCAGCUUGUUUGUUUAUGUGGUGUUUAUGUUCAGAACCUGUAGAGUUAGCAUGUAUUGUAUAUAAAAUCGUCUUUUGAUCUGAGACAGCGUACUGUUGAUAUGUAACCGUUGCGUCUUGCAUCCCAUGGUGGUUAGUCUUCCCUUUUAAUUUCCUUAUUGAUUGAAAUAACUCAUGUUUAGUUGUUCGUAGUCCAGAUAAGUGACUAACAUGAGUAUUUGAUUGAUUA